GACCUGCGGUAUCAGGGUCACACUGUAUACACACGGUAGCUAUUCCUGCCUGGGUUGUGGCUUUGCGUUUUGUUAGUAUAUCAUAGUUAUCAGCUUAAUAUACACAUGGAGACUUCUAAAGCAGGUAUUGAUCUCCGAGCAUUUGGAUUUCAGGCUGAGUGAAGAAUGAGCCACACUUGAGGCAUGUGGAGCUCGAUGUGCUGAUUCCAAAGAUGAUGCGAGAGAAGGCCAGAGUGCUCUGUGAUCAGCAGGCUGAAGCUUUCACUCAUUGCUGCAAGGAGACUGGAUUCCUCAUGGUUGUUAAAUGCCAGGAAGAAAACAAAGCCCUGAAGGAGUGCCUGACAAAGCACUACAAUGACCCUGCAUUCUUUGAGGAAUGCAAGCAAGAGUAUAUCAGGGAGAAACAAGAAUAUCAGAAGACUGGAAUUUCUGCCAAGAACAGGAACCAGAAGUCCCCCAACAGCACAUAGGAGCCCACACAGCCCCCACUGGGCCUCUGGGUCAGCUGACAGCAGUAGCAGCUCUCAGCGAUACUCUCCAUGUUGCGGUGAUGCUGGAGAUGCCUGAGGAAAGACACUUGCAGGCAACCAGCAAGAACUGGGGCUGAUCUGGGUUACGUUAUGAUGGAGACUUUCCUAGUGGGCUGGUCAUGGUUUAUAUUCAUGAUUGCCUUAUAUGAAUCUUCACUAGCACCUAAAGCCUAAUAAAAAUUCAUGGGAAUAGGGUUUUUUAUUUUUUUGAAUUGCAUCAGAUAGCAGUGUGAAUUUCCAUCCACAGGGAAUUAUAGACAAUUUUUCCCCUAAAAAAAAAAAAGGUUUUGAAAAAAAGUAGUUUACUUUGGUCUGUUUCUCUGAUGGUGUGUUUGCAGAGUAUGUCGAAACUAUGAAUGUGAACCAUGGUCCAAUUGUUUUCAGAUAGCUUUGUUUUCCACCUCCCUUUAUUUACACUAAAGAUGCCAGAGUUUCCAUAACAGAGUUGACCCAUUAUUUUGUUGACUAUGUGAAUGUUUUAGCAAUAUUAUUUAAUGUAUAUAUACACACACAAUUGUUUUGCAGUUGUAAUGAUGCUUGUGGUGUUUAAAAAUCAAAUCCUGAUAUCAAAUAAAGUGAUACUAAGGCA